CACAGGCUCGGAAGCAGAGCGUUGACUUCCGGUGUGUGCAUGCGGAAAAGCCCUGUCAGGUGUAGCUGCUUCCGCCUCUUAGCCGCCUCUCAUCACUCAGAGAAAUGACGGCAACCUUACGCCCAUAUCUCAAUGCGGUGCGUGCUACUCUGCAGGCCGCCCUCUGCCUGGAGAAUUUCUCCUCGCAAGUUGUGGAGAGACACAACAAACCAGAGGUGGAAGUACGGAGUAGUAAAGAGUUGCUCCUGCAACCUGUGAUCAUCAGCCGUAACGACAAGGAGAAAGUUCUCAUUGAGGGAUCCAUCAACUCUGUCAGAGUCAGCAUCGCUGUCAAGCAGGCGGAUGAGAUCGAGAAGAUUCUGUGCCAUAAAUUCAUGCGUUUCAUGAUGAUGAGAGCAGAGAAUUUCUUCAUCCUGAGGAGGAAACCGGUGGAGGGCUAUGACAUCAGUUUCCUCAUCACCAACUUCCACACAGAGCAGAUGUACAAACAUAAACUGGUGGACUUUGUCAUUCAUUUCAUGGAGGAAAUUGACAAAGAGAUCAGUGAAAUGAAGCUGUCUGUCAACGCCCGGGCUCGUAUCGUCGCAGAGGAGUUCCUCAAAAAUUUCUGAGAGAGAAAGAGCUCAGGAGUACAUUCCUUUUGCAAUCUUGGCCGUCACUGUGGAGCGCUGACGUCACAAAGCAGAGAGAGGAGACGAAACAUAAGAUGUACGGACCAGAGGGGAUUUACCCUUUAACCUUAAAAUGACCCUUUGCUCAAGAAUAUUGACGUUUGUACAUUAAGACAUUCAUUUCUGCCAUUAGAACAUCAGAAAAAGUCAUUUAAAAAAAAAAAGAUAUUUGUUAUCAAUAUUAAUGAGCACAGGGUAUUAUGGAUUUUUAAAAAAAUAUUUAAAUGUUUGUUUUUUUAAUAUAUAUAUUAUAUGCACAUGAAUUUAAUUUUUCCGUUUUUUGUCAUGACAGACUUAAAAACCACGAGGGCAAUCAAUUGGCGUAUAUUUCUUGUCACAAGUACACAGAGUGAACCCUAUUGUAAAUGGAAAUAAUGAAAAUAAAUAUACUUGCUGUCAGUGAAGAUGAAUUAAAAACAUUAUCCUUUG